AUGGAUACUUCCGUUUCCUACUCAAAUUACACAUUUCAUAUUCCAGCGGAAAGCGAUCAUCAUGCUGGCACGAUAAUGGCUUGGCCGACGGAGCGUUCAAUUCUGGACACUCUCUGGUCGUAUCCCGGCUCUGACGUUAACCAGACAAGACACGAACUAGCUAAAGUGGCUCUCGCCAUUGCCAAGUACGAGCAAGUUGAGAUGUUUGUAUUGGACCCUUCGUGGGACUCGCAUAUAAUUGAUGGUAAGAACGGUUCCAGUCUGGAAACAGCGAAACAGCUUCUGGGCGACGCCAAGAACGUGACUAUCCACACUACAAGAGACGUCGACAGCCUGUGGGCUCGAGACACUGCUCCUGUUUUUGCAUAUGCAAAACCCAGGGCACAAGAACUUAAACGCUCUAGCAGCGAGAGCCAGUCCGUCCAUCACGAUAGCCAAGUGGUCGGAAUGAUCCUCAGUUUCAAUCAAUGGGGGAAGAAAAACCUGCCAACAACGGACUCAUACUUUGCUGGUGCUGCUUGUAGUAUCCUCAAAGUCAACCAAGUGCUGGCGCCAUUUGUUGCAGAGGGAGGCGGGAUCGAGGUUGAUGGCGACGGAACUCUCCUGGCGACAGAAUCCGCGAUUCUGAACUCCAACAGGAACCCCGGGGUAGACAAGCUCACCAUGGAGCGUUACUUCCACGACACUUUUGGAGUGGAGAAAACAAUUUGGUUUUCUGGUGCCAGCGGAUAUGACAUCACGGAUGAUCAUGUUGAUGGCCUGGCUAGAUUUGCAUCUCCAGGCGUGGUUUUGCUGAGCCGACCGUUUGUGAGAGACGAGAGUAACCCAGGAGGCGCGUUGGAUGAUUAUUAUGAUGUAAAGAGAAAGCUCAAGGACCAAACGGAUGCCAAAGGAAGACCUAUCAGGGUCAUUGAUUGUGAGUCUUUCGUGCGAGUCUUUCGUGCGGCGUUUCAAGCAAAGUCUGACAAUUUUUCAGUACAAGAGCCAGACCCAGCUGUCCUGGAAGACUAUGGUCCGAAUUCUGGUGUUACGGUUAGCUAUGUUAACUAUCAUGUGGUCAACGGGGCAGUAAUUGUCGCGAAGUUCGGCGAUGAAGGAGCUGAUGCGAACGCAGCGAAUGUGCUCGCCAGGCAGUAUCCUGGCAGAGUCAUUGAACAGGUUCAUUUGCAUCAGUUAGGCAUCCAAGGUGGUGGAAUACACUGUGCAACACAGCAGUUUUUUGCUUAG